AUGCUCCUGAAUCCCAUUGGAACACUGAUAGCAAACAGGGGACAGAUAUUCCGGUUUGCCGUCCCAGAGGACACGUUUUACGACCUGGAAUCAGGUUCAGCCAGUUCUCUCUCAUUGACUCUGCUCAAUUACAGGGGUGACCCACUUCCUAAUACAACAUGGGUACAGAUCAAUGGGGGCAAUAUUGAGGGUUUGCCCCUUUCAUUAGAGAUCACCAACGAAGCAAUCACCGACCAUCUCUUCAUUCUUCAGGCCCAAGACAAUGUGGGAAAUUCGGCGCACGAUUUUGUCACAAUUCGUGUUUUUCCACUUGGUCCUUUUUCAAGUCUUUUCACAGUUCUAUUUGAGAACGACUUUGAAAUGCUAAAUCAAAACAUAACACAAAAGAUCAACCUCGUCGAGCGACUAUCGAGUUCAGCUAUAUCUUCACGAGUGGUAGAAAAACGGCAACUCGAACCUUCCCCGCAAGAUUAUAACCCAGAAGAGAUUUUCAUUAGAGAGAUUUUUGAUACGAGUCCUCUAUCUGUGUCGUAUAAGAACCUAACUAUUCCGGACCUCGACUGCACAGAGUUUUACAACUGGAUCCAAAACAUCUACAAUUUCACGGGCAACGAGUACACGCUGAGAUUCUUGCAAGCAAUGGCACCAGAUUUUCACCCGACGCCCACGCCAACCAUCGAGGGAAUUUGCCGGCUAACGACCAGUAACAUCCCCCCAAUUGUAGGCAAAGAAAUAGAAAUUGACAUAUCUGAUACCGACAUUAGUCACAGGACUAUUCUUUUGGGUACACUCGCCCCUGCAGCCUGUGUCGCUCUCUGUUGCCUACUCAUAGGUCUCUGUGCUCUGUGCAUGUAUCGACGACGAAGAUCGGAGAGAAAGUACUGCACAUCAAGAAGACUUUAUCUCAACCGGCGACCCAUUGUCUUGGAGGGUGAAGCUGAUUUCCCUGAUCGCAGGGGGCGGCCCGUAAUCCUAGAAAACGAGCUUGCUCUGCAAGGAGAUUCAGAUGAAGAGGAGAGUUAUCUAAUGUGUCCAGUGACUUAUCCAUCAUUCCACCUGCUGAAGGCGAACGAGAGAGACUUGUUAGACUUCCGUCUGUAUCCCCUCCAAACUACCGCCUCCCACCUCUAUACACACACGGACAAUUCUAUGACUACUCCCACGAUGCAUCAUAACAUUAUGGAUUUCUAA